AUGCUAUGAACAGAGUCAGAGGAGAAGGCGGACGGUUUCAUUCUGGAUCUUCCAAAGAAGAAAUGUUAAUGCACCAUCAUCACCACUCUAAACUCUCCCAAGAUUCUCAAACUAACACAGAUUCUGAUGGACUUGGUGGAGGGAAUGGCAUGUCAGAUUUAUCAGGAUUAGAUUGGAAUUAUAAAGCUGGAGAAGUUGUGAAAGUUGAAAUCUGGGAUGCAUCUGAAAGUGGGAAAAAAAUUAAGGUAAGUGCAAAAUGGAAUUAUAAAGCUGGCGAAGUUGUGAAAGUUGAAAUCUGGGAUGCAUCUGAAAGUGGAAAAAAAAUUAAG